AUGGCUUACUCAGAGGAGCAAAGAGGUGUCCCUUGUGGAUUUAUGCGUCAGAAUUCUGGCAACUCCAUUUCCUUGGACUUUGAGCCCAAUACAGACUACCGGUUUGUGGAGCAGUUGGAAGAGCGAUACAAAUGUGCCUUCUGCCACUCGGUGCUUCACAACCCCCACCAGACAGGCUGUGGGCACCGCUUCUGCCAGCACUGCAUAAUGUCCCUGAGAGAAUUAAACGCAGUGCCAAUCUGCCCUGUAGAUAAGGAGGUCAUCAAAUCCCAGGAGGUGUUUAAAGACAAUUGCUGCAAAAGGGAAGUCCUCAAUUUAUACGUAUAUUGCAAAAAUGCUCCUGGAUGUAAUGCCAAGAUUAUCCUGGGACGAUACCAGGCUAAGAGGGGGAGCCUGCAGGACCACGAGCAUUCUGCCUUGCGGGACCAUAUGCUUUUGGUUUUAGAAAAGAACAUCCAGUUAGAAGAACAGAUUUCUGACUUACAUAAGAGCCUAGAACAGAAAGAAAGUAAAAUCCAGCAGCUAGCAGAAACUGUAAAGAAAUUCGAAAAAGAGUUCAAGCAGUUUUCACAAUUGUUUGGCAAAAAUGGAAGCUUCCUCUCAAACAUCCAGGUUCUUGUCAGUCACGUUGACAAAUCUGCUUGGCUAGAAGCUCAAGUGCGUCAGUUAUUACAAAUGGUUAACCAGCAACAAAAUAAAUUUGACCUGAAGCCUUUGACAGAAGCAAUUGAUACAGUGAAACAGAAAAUUACCCUGCUAGAACACAAUGAUCAAAGAUUAGUUGUUUUAGAAGGAGAGAGUAACAAACAUGAUGAACAUAUUAAUAUUCAUAAAGCACAGCUGAAUAAAAAUGAAGAGCGGUUUAAACUGCUAGAGGGUGCCUGCUAUAAUGGAAAGCUCAUUUGGAAGGUGACAGAUUACAAGAAGAAGAAGAGGGAGGCAGUGGAUGGGCACACAGUGUCCAUCUUCAGCCAGUCCUUCUACACCAGCCGCUGUGGCUACCGCCUCUGUGCCAGGGCAUACCUGAAUGGGGACGGCUCUGGGAAGGGAACACACCUGUCCCUGUACUUUGUGGUGAUGCGAGGAGAGUUUGAUUCACUGUUGCAGUGGCCAUUCAGGCAGAGGGUGACUCUGAUGCUUUUGGACCAGAGUGGCAAAAAGAACCACAUUAUGGAGACCUUCAAAGCAGACCCCAAUAGCAGCAGCUUUAAAAGACCUGAUGGGGAGAUGAACAUUGCAUCUGGCUGUCCCCGAUUUGUGGCUCAUUCCAUUUUGGAGAAUGUCAAGAAUACCUACAUUAAAGAUGAUACCCUGUUCUUGAAAGUGGCUGUGGAUUUAACUGACCUGGAAGAUCUCUAGUCACUGCUGAUGGGGUGAUAAGAGGACUUCAGUUCAGAACACAUUUGAUUAUCUUAUGGAUCUGAAUUUGGACUCAACGCACAUUUGUAUUUGGAUAUUUGCCUUGAAUGUUUGAUGACAGUUUAAA